GGUGCUACCAGACCACUCUCACCAGCACCCAUGACCUCAGCAGGGCUGGGGCCAGCAUGGAGACCACUGGCUGUUCUCACAAAGUGAGGAGCAGGAGACCCUGUCUGAGGAACAUGCUUGGGGUUCGGAGCCUGGGCUAGACUGGGAUGCAGGUUGAGCAGGAAGUGGAUGGCAAGAUUAGAGCAACAUCUCUCUUUCCCCACUCAGGGAGGAGGGAAUGGCCACAGGCACUGACACUCAAGAAGGGCCAGGCACAGUUCCAAGCCCUUCACAACAACCCCUAGGGUCUACAUGACUUCUAUCCCAAUUGUUCAGUGAAGAAACUGAGGCACAGUGAGGCUGAAGAACCCUACCAGUCCACACCGCUGGUGCAUAACCGAGCUGGCCAAGACUCGGCAGUCUGGCGUGCAGGCCCACGCUCUCAGCCCUGCCUCUGCAUGCCUCUUACAUCCCACACAUGUGAUGCUGUGCGUCAGAAGCAAGGAGAUGGCCCUGCUGGCCUGAUCAUCAACACCAGGGCCGGGUCUCGAAGUCCUCAGCGCACCAUCCUCCUCCGCCUGUAUGUCCUGAGUCCCGGAGCCCCAGCAGCUCUGCUCGGCAGAUGAGCCUCUGGCCCUGCUGCUCGCUUCCUGAGGGCUGUCAGUGGGGGGCCGGAUGAGGGCUGAGGACAGGGUGGGUGCUCGUGGGAGGGGAGAGCACAAAGGACCUGUGACCACAGCUGGGGGCGGGGCAGGAAGUAGAAGUGAUCUGAGUGGUGGCUGGUGCAAGGAGCCACAGUGGGCUGUCUGGGGGGCUGAUGCCACCAUUCCAGGAGCCUCGGCGAAGAGAGGACAUCCGCCUGUGUAGCCGCUUCUCCAUACGGGGCUCCAGCUCCAUGGCGGCCUGCCUGCUCCUCCUGGGCAUCCUUCUCCUGCUGCUGCCCCUGCCGGUCCCUGCUCCCUGCCACACAGCCACACGCUCAGAGUGCAAGCGCAGCCACAAGUUUGUGCCUGGUGCAUGGCUGGCCGGGGAGGGUGUGGACGUGACCAGCCUCCGCCGCUCGGGCUCCUUCCCAGUAGACACACAAAGGUUCCUGCGGCCCGACGGCACCUGCACCCUCUGUGAAAAUGCCCUACAGGAGGGCACCCUCCAGCGCCUGCCCCUGGCACUCACCAACUGGCGGGCCCAGGGCUCUGGCUGCCAGCGCCAUGUAACCAGGGCCAAAGUUAGCUCCACUGAAGCUGUGGCCCGGGAUGCGGCUCGUAGCAUCCGCAACGACUGGAAGGUCGGGCUGGAUGUGACUCCCCAGCCCACCGGCAACGUGCAUGUGUCUGUGGCUGGCUCACACUCACAGGCAGCCAACUUCGCAGCCCAGAAGACCCACCAGGACCAGUACAGCUUCAGCACUGACACAGUGGAGUGCCGCUUCUACAGUUUCCACGUGGUACACACUCCCCCACUGCACCCUGACUUCAAGAGGGCCCUCGGGGACCUGCCCCUCCACUUCAACGCCUCCACCCAGCCCGCCUACCUCAGGCUCAUCUCCAACUACGGCACCCACUUCAUCCGGGCUGUGGAGCUGGGCGGCCGCAUCUCGGCCCUCACUGCCCUGCGCACCUGUGAACUGGCCCUGGAAGGGCUCACGGACGACGAGGUGGAUGACUGCCUGACCGUCGAGGCCCAGGUCAACAUAGGCGCCCGCGGCAGCUCCUCUGCCGAAGCCAAAGCCUGUGAGGAGAAGAAGAAGAAGCACAAGAUGACGGCCUCCUUCCACCAAACCUACCGGGAGCGCCAUUCGGAAGUGGUUGGCGGCCAUCACACCUCCAUUAACGACCUGCUGUUCGGGAGCCAGGCCGGGCCCGAGCAGUACUCAGCCUGGGUGAACUCGCUGCUCGGCAGCCCUGGCCUGGUGGACUACAGCCUGGAACCCCUGCAUGUGCUGCUGGACAGCCAGGACCCGCGGCGGGAGGCACUGAGGAGGGCCCUGAGUCAGUACCUGACAGACAGGGCUCGCUGGAGGGACUGCAGCCGGCCGUGCCCGCCAGGGCGGCAGAAGAGCCCCCGAGACCCGUGCCAGUGUGUGUGCCAUGGCUCAGCGGUCACCACCCAGGACUGCUGCCCUCGGCAGAGGGGCCUGGCCCAGCUGGAGGUGACCUUCAUCCAAGCGUGGGGCCUGUGGGGGGACUGGUUCACUGCCACGGAUGCCUAUGUGAAGGUGUUCUUUGGUGGCCAGGAGCUCAGGACCAAAACUGAGUGGAACAAUAACAACCCCGUCUGGUCAAUGCGGCUGGAUUUUGGGGAUGUGCUCCUGGCCACAGGGGGGCCCCUGAGGUUGCAGGUCUGGGAUCAGGACUCUGGCUGGGACGAUGACCUCCUUGGCACCUGUGAUCAGGCUCCCAAGUCUGGUUCCCAUGAGGGGAGAUGCAACCUGAAACAUGGCCACCUGAAAUUCCGCUAUCAUGCCAGGUGCUUGCCCCACCUGGGAGGAGGCACCUGCCUGGACUACAUCCCCCAAAUGCUUCUGGGGGAGCCUCCAGGAAACCGGAGCGGGGCCGUGUGGUGAGAACAGUGAGCUUGGAGAGGACUAGUGUGCUUGGACUGUAGGGGUUCUCACAGUGGGAGCCAGGGCUGUCUUCGUAUUCCCAUUAGACCAAGCUUGUCCAACCCGAGGCCCGCAUGUGGCCCGGGAUGGCUUUGAAUGCAGCCCAACACAAAUUCGCAAACUUUCUUAAAACAUUGUGAGAUUUUUUUUUUUUUGCCUUUUUUUUUUUUUUUUUUUUUUUUUUAGCUCAUCAGCUAUGGUUAGUGUUAGUGUAUUUUAUGUGUGGCCCAACACAAUUCUUCCAAUGUGGCCCAGAGAAGCCAAAAGAUUGGACACCCAUCAGAUAGAUGGAAAAGGGAGACUCAGACUAUUUUUCAGGGAGGUGGCUGGGUGUACACGCCAACCCCGAUUCACCCUGUCCAAACUGCCUAAGCCCUCCGUCAUUCUCGAGCCCUGCAGUCACAGCUACACAAAUCACAGCUUCAGCCAGGAGCUGGGCAGAAAGGCCAAGCUCCCACCAAGCUGCCCAGGACUGGUCUUUUAGGACCCUUCCCUUGAGCCCUCUGUGGUGUGGCAAAGCCACUUCAUUGCUUUAACUGGAGUCCCAUCAGCUCCAGCUGCUCUGUCUUCCUUGCCCACAAUGCUUUGCCCCUCAGACAAAUGGAGGCCUGUCCUGACCUGUCUCACCAUGUACAUAGCUUGAUGAAGGGCCAAUAAAUAUGAUGUUCUGGUGAUCAUCAUGGCAGUGUUGUGGCAGAGGAAAAUAUGGGAACAAACAAACUCCAGAGAUUAACUUCUACAUUAGCAACCCAGUGAAAACAGGCAGGCAGGUAACGUAUAUAAACUGCUUUCCCACUUCUGUCAGAAACGUGGGGACCCAAAAUAUUUUACCUUCCUCAUAAUUCUCUGACUCAAGAAAGCAGCAGCAUAAACGUGGUGAUAAAUGGCAACAGGCAUUCCGCUCCCAGCUGGAAGACAAUAGGGCAUGGUGAGGACUGUGGUAAACUGAAGAGUGUGCAUCUUAUGUGCGGGGGGAGGGGCUGCAGUGCUGCUCCAGCCAAACAUUUCAUGCAGGAACGUGAGCCCGGUACUGCCAGGUCUUCUACUUUUUAAAAGUCAAACCACAAUUUGACUUCUAACUGUGGCAGUUAACUUCACUUUGUGAAAAUAAACCUUUGUGGGCAAACAUGGUACAAGCUAAA